AUGGAGAAACCGGCACCCGUCGCGUACACGAGCCCCGCGCGGAUGUGUCGUAGCCGCGGCGAGGACCGGGCCGGCGCCAGCAGCGCGGCGCCGCUGCUCCAUCCUGGAGCCGCCGCCACAAGCCGCCGCCCGCGACCCGCCCGGAGCCACCGUGCACGCCGCCACGCCCGCGCCCUCGCCGGAGCCGCCGCCGCAAGCCGCCUCACCCGCGACCCGCCCGGAGCCACCGCGCACGCCGCCUCGCCCCUCGCUCGCGCGCCCCGCCCGGAGCCGCCGCAGCACGCCGCCUCGCCCUCGCUCGCGCGCCCCGCCCGGAGCCGCCGCGCACACCGCGCACGCCGCCUCGAGCGCGCAGGGAACCACCGGAUCUCGAGAGGCGCGCGGUGA